AGCGUUUCCUCCUUUGGUAUUUCAUUCAGAGAGCAUCUUAUCACGGAGCUGCACGGGGAACGCUCUGGCCGAUUUUUUGCUUUCGAAAUGGCGCAUCGAAUUUUACGUGUUUGCGGUUUAAUAUCGAACUGUGCGAAAAGUUCCAUCAUUAGGAACAAUGCUCUAGCUGUUGGUCUGUUAAAGCCGAGCGUUCCACUAGUCCAAGAUGCAAGGAAUAUCAAUUUCUUCAAGAGAAGACCAGCCAGCGCGCUGUGGAAAUCUGUCACCAGUGUCAGUAAUGCUGGAAGAAAACGAGGCAGAGGCAGGGGUGUACCGAGAAUAAAAAACUUGAAUAAAGGCCAAAUUAUAGGAGUUGGAAAAGAAGCAUUGAUACUCCCAGGACUUAAUUCUCCCCUCCUCCAAGGAAAUCAGUUGAACAAUCCAUAUAGAGUUCCCAAAGAUCCAAACUCUGAAGAGGAAUCACAGAAACCUAGAGUACAGCUUUCACUUCAUAAACGGAAUAAGGUUUCACCUUUGGAUCGUGGCUGGAGCGGAGGUAUAAUAGGUGGAAGGAAACUUGGACCACCUGAUCCUAUCGACGAAGAACCUUUCAUCGGUUUUCAAACAUGGGUGUUACAUUUCCAUCAGUGCGCCAUAAUGACGGGUAUGUUCGGCCGCAAAAAGCGAGUUAUCGUCUAUGCCGUAACUGGGAAUGGAAAAGGUUUGGCAGGGUUUGCUACGGCUCUAAGAGGCGACAAUAAAGGAGCCCUCACACUAGCUAGAAACAAAGCUGGACAGAGAUUGAUGUAUUUCGAAAGAUACGACGACCACACGAUACUACACGAUUUUUACGCUGAGUUUGGAAGGACGAAAAUAUUUGCCAAACAAAAGCCUAAGGGUUACGGACUCAAAUGUCAUCGCGUUAUCGCAGCGUGUUGCGAGGCAAUUGGCAUAAAAAAUCUGCACGCCAAGAUCGAGGGGUCUCUGAAUAUUCCGAACGUUAUAAAGGCUUUCUUCAUUGGCAUGUUAAAUCAGAAAUCGUAUCAAGAGAUGGCAGAUGAAAAGAAAUUGCACGUAGUUCAAUUUAAGAAGGAACACGAUUAUUUUCCCGAGGUACUCGCGUCACCGGAAACGGUGAGGACAUCGGCAGAGAUCGCGAAUAACGAGAUUUUAGAUUUCAAGCAGUACCUAAUGGACGGACGGUUGAUUUUAAACAAGAAGAAGCCUCUUCCGUUUUUCACAAAGCUACCUUCGUACGAUAUUUUUCUGCGUAAGCAAGAACGUAAAAGGGAUCAGGACAAAGUAAGAAUAAGGUUAAGAGCCGAAUACGGAGAACUGUGCAGCUUCCUGACCGAGAAAUAUCCAGAAGCGAAAAUACCUAAAUGGGAAAGACACAUAAAGAAACCAAAAGAAGAAGAAGAAGAAGCAGAAACAAAUUAAUAUACUUCGCAUAUAGCAAUUAUAAACGACUCGUGUACAUACACUUUAAUAUAAAAAUCUGAAAUCUGGAAGCUCUAAAGCUGA